CUCCUCCUGUCCUCUUCCACCGGAAGUAGGUCCUUGCGCAUGCGUGGUAACAUUCCAGCGAUAUCGCCAGCGAGAGUCCAACAACAGACGAGGAAAUUCCUCUCCACGCCGACAGUACGCGACAACGCCGGUGUUUUGUGAUCCACAGAGGUUCUUCAUUUUGGACGUAUUUUUUUGUCUUCGCCACAGUCAUGGUGUGCAUUCCCUGUAUUGUGAUUCCUGUCCUUUUGUGGAUCUACAAGAGGUUCCUGGAGCCCAUCGUUUAUCCCUUCAUCUCACCAUUCAUCAAUAAAUUCUGGACCAAAAAAGCAGUGCAGGAGACUGGAACCAGUGACCAAAAAGUUAGUGAAAAAAGUAAUGGGACAUGCAAGGAUGAAGGCAAAUGUGACACCACUUCCAAUGGAUCUACUGUAGCAGCAGAUAAGAAGACAGACUGACGACUUGAAAUGUUUUUAAUGCAUCCAAAAUACUGUAAAUAUUCCAUUAAUAUAAUAUAGAUAAACUAUGAAUUAACUUAUCAGUCUUCUUUGAAUCGAUUGGUUUUUAUAACCUUCCAAUAUUUUGUGUGAAUUCUUUUUUUCACUCGUCAUUUACUUCAACAUAUUGGUUAUUGUUAUAUUUUCCCUGUUAAACAUGAAAUAAAAUAUGCAUUUACUUUAUUGAGUA